AUGGAUUACGAUAGCGACUCUUCUGGCUUGGAUGACGAUGUUCAGGGAGAUUACACUACGACCUCUGUUUUGCUGGGAUUCGCUGAAGACGAAGCCACGGACGAUACAACCAGUCACUUGGGUGGAUGGCCGACAUGGCUUGACCCCUCAACCCCGCCGCCAGGCAACUUCGCCAAAUGCAAAUCUUGCAACGAUCCCAUGCCAUUGCUACUUCAAUUAAACGCUGAUCUACCGGAGAAAUUCCCGCAUGAUGAGAGGUGGUUGUAUAUUUUUGCAUGCACGAGACGGACGUGCAAUAGGAAGCAAGGAAGCAUACGGGCACUGCGGGGUGUGAAGAAACAUAAAAUGACGAGCAAUACUCAGAAAGAUGAGGCCAAGGCAAAAGACAAAAAGGAACCGAAAGAAUCGCCGGUGCCCCAACAAAAUAUCGGCGCGACUCUGUUUGGCGUUGCGCCUGGAAACCCAAGCGCUACAACGAAUGCCAACCCGUUUUCCACCACGUCAGGCAGCACUGGGUCGCUAGCCAACCCAUUCGCGCAGCUCUCAUCACCGUCCACGCUCGCAGCUAUCCCUCCCCAAAAGCCAGUGGAUGAAGCACAAAAGGAAGACCGAUCCCUGCCCGAAUCCUUCGCCGACAAAGUCCGCCUCUCACCAUCAUCACCAUCCUCCUCCCCUCCCCCCACCAAAACGCCAGAACUCACCGGCCCCGUAGAGCCAUGGCCCGCCCAAUCCUCCUUCCCCCCUCCAUACCGACACUACUUCCUCGACGCCGAAUACGAAACCAUCUCCCGCCCCUCCACUCCACGCGUCCCUUCCAACGUGCAAAUCGGAACCCUCGACGACGACCCUUCUUCAGCAGGCGCAGCAGAGGGAAAAGACACCUUCGAAUCAUCAAUCGACAAGUCCUUUCUCAAAUUCUCAACGCGCCUGGGCCACAGCCCGGAGCAGGUUCUGCGGUAUGAAUUCCGCGGAACGCCGUUGCUCUACUCGACCACGGACGCGGUGGGCAAGUUACUCUCCCCGUCGACGGGUUCCGCGCAUGUCAAGGUGUCCGCGGCGGCGAGGAUGCCGCGGUGCGGCGUGUGUAGCCGCGAGCGGGUGUUUGAGGUGCAGCUGGUUCCGUAUGCGAUUACGGUGCUGGAAGAAGGGAGGGAGGGGAUUGGUAUUGGGAAGGAUGAAGGGGGGAUGGAGUGGGGGACGAUUAUCGUGGGUGUUUGCGCUGGGAACUGUGGGUUGGAGAGGGAAGGGGAGGUUGGAUGGAGAGAGGAGUGGGUGGGUGUGCAGUGGGAAGAGAGGGUUGGGAAAUAA